AGAUCUACUAGUCCCAUUUGUCGGGUGUAUCGUGUGAAGAGCGCGCGUCUACGAGAAGGCGCGCGGAGUUGAGUUUUCCGCGACCCCGUUCGAGUCCUCGCGACCCUGGAAAGGUGCUAAGAGUCCCGCGACCAUUCUCGAUUAGGAUGGUAACGCUGUCAGGCCCAAUUUACGAUCGUUGUCUACGCUGAGAGCUGAAAACGAAAACGCGGAUAACAGAACGACCGGACAAAGGGGAACCGGAGGGGUCACGAGGGUCUUCGAUGAUUUACAGAAUGCAUCGGCAGCUGCAGUUCAUCCUGAAAGGUCAAUUUCUGCGAGCGCGGGAUGCAGUUCAACGCAAUCUCUGUACAGGAGCGGGAACGGUGACCUCGCCGCGGAUUUACAGCCUGGAUCACGACACAUCGAUCCAGGCGAGGCCGUACAAUGAGAUCCCGGGUCCGAAACCGAUCCCGAUCCUCGGGAACACCUGGAGACUGUUCCCGGUGAUCGGUCAGUACCAGAUCUCCGACAUGGCGAGAGUGUCGCAAAUAUUCCACGACGAGUACGGGAUCAUUUGUCGCUUGAGCGGAUUGAUCGGCCGACCGGAUCUUCUCUUCGUCUACGACGCCGACGAGAUCGAGAAGAUCUACAGGCAGGAAGGGCCAACGCCGUUCAGGCCGUCGAUGCCCUGUUUGGUGCGUUACAAAGGCGUCGUGCGCAAGGAUUUCUUUGGAAGUCUGCCUGGCGUUGUUGGAGUACACGGAGAGCCUUGGCGAGAAUUUCGUACACGCGUACAGAAACCAGUGCUCCAGCCGCAGACUGUUCGAAAAUACAUCACGCCCAUUGAGGUGGUCACUGCCGACUUUAUAAAAAGGAUUGAAGAAAUUAAAGGAGAAGAUGGAGAACUGCCGGGAGACUUUGACAAUGAGAUACACAAAUGGGCCCUAGAGUGCAUCGGUCGAGUGGCUCUCGAUGUAAGAUUAGGUUGCCUGGGUGGUACUCUAACUCCAGACUCGGAGCCUCAGAAGAUCAUCGAUGCUGCAAAGUUUGCUCUGAGGAAUGUAGCAGUUCUCGAGUUGAAGGCUCCCUUUUGGAGGUACUUACCUUCUCGUCUGUGGACAAAAUAUGUACGCAACAUGGAUUACUUUAUGGAAGUAUGCAUGAAGUACAUCGAUGCUGCAAUUGAGAGGUUGAAGACCAAGCAAGCUGUCAACGACUCUGACCUAUCCUUGAUGGAGAGAAUUCUAGCAACAGAGACUGACCCUAAAAUGGCAUACAUCCUUGCAUUGGAUUUAAUUCUAGUUGGUAUAGAUACUAUUUCUAUGGCCGUUUGCUCGAUAUUGUAUCAGCUGGCAACUAGACCGGAAGAGCAGCAGAAAAUUCACGAGGAGCUCGUAGAAAUUCUCCCUGAUCCAUCUGUUCCUCUCACCACGAAACAUCUCGAUCAAGCCGUCUACAUGAAAGCUUUUAUACGCGAGGUGUUUAGGGUAUAUUCUACCGUCAUCGGGAACGGCAGAACAUUACAAAAUGACACUGUAAUCUGUGGCUACAAAGUACCGAAGGGAAUACAAGUGGUAUUUCCAACGGUCGUAACAGGGAAUAUGGAACGGUACGUGAAAGAUUCCAAAAUAUUUAGGCCCAUGAGAUGGCUCGAAGAAUCUACGAAAGAGACACUGCACCCUUUUGCAUCCCUGCCCUACGGCCAUGGUGCACGCAUGUGCUUAGGUAGAAGAUUUGCCGAUUUGGAGAUGCAGGUGCUACUUGCCAAAUUAAUACGGUCUUACAAGUUGGAGUACCACCAUGAACCACUCAAAUACAAAAUUACGUUCAUGUACGCCCCAGACGGUGAGCUGAAAUUCAAGGUGAUGCGGAGAUAAUGAAUAAAGACCAUGCUCACCGAGACCAUGCACUUACUCGUUUUCUAUUUAUUUUUGUACAUAUCAAAAUAAAUAACUAGACCGCCGAUGCUUAUGCAGAUAUACAUUUUUACACAAA